GCCGCUGCAUUGGACGACCUGCCUGCUGCCUCCCAUCUCCUCCUGCUACUGGUUCCAUAGAAUCCUCUCUCAUCAAGUUGUAUACUGAAGUGCCCGUCUGUCACGACAAAGUCAGGAUCUGUAGCCCUAGCCAUGAGCAAGCUCAACGCAAACGCCUACUCGUUCGUGCCCGGGCAGUCCUUCCGUCUCCCCGGUCAGCAGUCCUCUCAGUCAUCCCCAGCUCCCACUGCGCCCCUCGAGCGGGCACCGCAGACAGAGGCUCCUCCGCCUCCGCCUACCAUCUCUCUAAACAUUGGUGGCUCCAAACCUGCUCCGUUGCCCCCAUCUAAACCCGCACCGCCGCCUGCAUCUCAACCCGCACCGCCGCCCGAACCUUCCAAGCCUGCCGCGCCUGCGUCCUCCAUCCCUGCAUCUGUCAAGGCAUCUACGCCUGCUAAAUCAUCAUCGCAACCUAGCUCGAGAUCAGAGUCGCCAGCCCCUACUGCAGCCCCAUCCAAAACAUUCACACUCGAGAAGGCGAAGACAGACACCGCCGCGAUCGCCCAAGAGGUGCAGCGUGUUGCUGAUGAGAACACACUCAAGGAUCUCUUCGGCCAUGGUAAGUUGCAGACUUCAACACGGGAGAAUAUGCCUGAUGAGGAUCGAUCAGCCAAAGAGCAUCUGAACAUCGUCUUCGUCGGUCACGUCGAUGCCGGAAAGAGUACCAUGGGCGGCAACCUCCUCUACAUCACAGGGAUGGUGGACAAGCGAACGAUGGAGAAGUACGAGCGCGAAGCCAAGGAGGCUGGUCGUGACUCCUGGUACCUCUCUUGGGCCCUCGAUUCGACGCCCCAGGAGCGUGCAAAGGGGAAGACAGUCGAAGUCGGUCGUGGCUACUUCGAGACCAACACGCGUCGGUAUACCAUCCUCGAUGCUCCUGGUCACAAAACAUUCGUUCCCUCCAUGAUCUCCGGUGCUGCCCAGGCAGACGUCGCAAUCCUCGUCAUCUCCGCUCGCAAGGGUGAGUUCGAGACAGGAUUCGAGAAAGGCGGACAGACACGAGAGCACAUCAUGUUGGUCAAGACGGCUGGGGUAUCCAAAGUCGUGUGUGUCAUCAAUAAGAUGGACGAAUCGACGGUGGAAUGGUCCAAGGCUCGCUUCGACGAAAUCAAGGAAAAGCUUACACCGUUCAUCAAAGCCGCCGGUUCAACAUCAAAACAGACUGGCGACUCACUGCUGGAGCAUCUCGACACGAUGCCGAUGGUCAACCGCAAGAUCAACGCGCCGCUCAUGAUGCCCGUCUCCGAGAAGUACAAGGACAUGGGCACCAUCGCCGUUGGGAAAAUCGAGUCGGGCCACAUGCGCAAGGGCGACUCGCUCAUGCUCAUGCCGAACAAGGACAUCGUCGAGAUCUCAGCAAUCUACAACGAGAUGGAGGAGGAGGUCCCCACGGCGAUGUGCGGCGACAACGUCCGCAUCCGUUUGCGCGGCGUAGAGGACGACGAUAUCAGCCCCGGCUUCGUGCUCUCGACCCCGAGCAAGCCCGUGCACGCCGUACGGCAGUUCGAGGCGCAGCUGGCAAUCUUGGACCAUAAGAACAUCAUCUGCGCGGGAUACACGGCGGUCAUGCAUAUACACACCCUUGCAGAGGACGUCACGCUUUCGGCGCUCCUUCACUACUUCGACAAGGCUACCGGCCGCAAGUCGAGGAAGCCGCCACAGUUCGCGAAGAAGGGCCAAAAGAUCGUAGCCCUCAUUGAGACGGUGCAGCCCGUCUGCGUCGAACGCUUCGUUGACUAUCCCCAGUUGGGCCGAUUCACUCUGCGAGACGAAGGGAAGACGGUGGCUAUCGGCAAGAUUACGAAGCUCAUUGAGGGGCUGCCGGAGGAGGUUGUGGAUGGCGUGGGCAACCUGACCGUUGCGGCUUAAAGAACCUUUGCUGUUGAUUGACAUACAAUUGUACCAACAUGCUACGAUGCCACCAUUGAGCUCAGCGAGAGCUAUAUAUCAUCAUUGUCGAUAUACAUCAUAGUCCGUACAAUGACGAGAUCCCGAUGUCUGCAGUACUGGGAGACAUGAGGAAUUGAACCAGCCCUGUAGGUAGUGCAUAGAAUCCGGGACUUCGCUCGUUGAAACAAAAGGCAAAAUGUAAUGACCACCGCAGGGGUCGAACCUGCAAUCUCCUGAUUACCGAAUCGUAGUCAGACGCGAUGCCAUUUC